CUAAUACAGUAAUUCAAAAUACAAAUUAAAACAAAGAAGUAUAUAAAACAAAAUUCAUUAAUCGGAUAUGGAAAUCUAUUCCAUUAUCUUAGGCCUAAUUUUGUGAAUAUACAGUCGAAGCGAGUCGAAGCCUGAAACUCAUGGGUACCCUGUGGUCGUCAAAUCGAACCCAGUCGUCCCGGUUCAGUAGUUUUGUUUGGGAACGUUCAAUAUGUCCGAGGCAAAGGGAAAGUCAAUCUUUCUUGAUGUGUUUCGGAGGGCAGAUAAAAAUGAUGAUGGGGCCUUAAGCUGGGAGGAGUUCUCUUCAUUCUUCAGUGAUGGCAUUUUAUCCACUGAAGAUCUCAAGAAGCUCUUUGCUGAGAUAGACACCCAUAAUACCAGUAACAUCGACACUUCAGAGCUCUACGAGUACUUUAAAAAGGAGAUGGGUCCAUUUGAGGAGGUGUUUGCAGGCUUAGAGGAGAUGAACAGUGCAGUUAGCAAUGCUCUCAUACAAUCAGCAAAGCUGUAUCCUGAAAAAAGAUUCUUUGGGAAGUUUGCUACAAGGUUUUUAUUGAAAGAGGUACUUGGGCAGAUGAACUCAUUGCAACACCAGGUUGAUGUUGCUGUUGAUAAAAUAGAUGAAAAUGAACAGCAAUCAAAAUCAACUGAGCCCUCAGCGGAGGCACAGUCCCCUGCAAGACCUGGCCGAGGUGGGCGUAUGAUCAGAAAACUGAUCAGUUAUUCUCAACAGACUAGCAUUGAUGCAUCCCAAGUAAAGAGUGCACUCACUGCUGAAGUUAACAGACUGGCUGAAAUCAUAGAUAAAAUCGAGAAUAAAGUCAAGUUUGAUGUCAUUGAAGAAGAAGAGGUUGACAUGAUAGAUAACAAGAUGGCUAUCAUUGUGUGCAGGAAAUUCCAGGUUUUCCCCAUGGCUCUGGCAAAGUUCCGCACUGCACUCAAGACUUAUAUUGGUGCCACUAGCCAACAGAAUGGCUGUUUGCACUUGUGUGUUCGCUCCUUCACUAGGACAGAUUCAUUUACAGUGUACGAGAUAUGGGCAAAUGCUGACGAUCUCCAUAGGCAUUUUGCAUGUGAAUUUUCAAAGGCUUUCAUGCACAGCAACAUUGAUCUGUUGGAAAGACCAGAGGACUACAGCAAAAUGGCAGUCCCUGAAUCUUGGUGGAACUAGUACUUUUGAAAGCUAUGGUCAUGAGGAUCAUCAAGAAUAAAAUGACAAUUUUGAAAAUUAGUUUCAGACGUACAUAGGUGAUGCUCUAGGAUGUAGUAGAUGCCCCAAGAUACAUAGAGUUUGUAUAGAAUGCAGGUGAAAAUUCAAAUAGUAAUAAUCAACACCUCCCCCCCCACCCCCGUGCUCCAAAAUAAUAUCAUGUGGGAGUACCCUCACCCCUUUAAAAAUUUAGGAAUUUGGUGGUGUAGAAAAAAUGCCCACAAUUUUAAUGUGAGAGCAUGCCCUGGAUCCCCCCUAAAUGUGUAACAUUUUUAACUUCCAUGUUUGUCCCAAACAAAAUGGGGUUUGGAAUAAAGUCCAUUUUUUUCAAA